GAUUCAAGACACUUCGUGAAUGAUUGUAUGUAUAGUGAAAAUGUAGUAUGCCAUACGUGCGGCGAUAAAGGGCACACUACUAGAGUUUGUACGCAUAGAGCCGAAAAAAAAGAUGCAGAACGAAAGCCGCGAGUAGGUUACGUAAGUCAAUGCGGUAGUAGUAGUAGCUCCGAUGGCGAAAUGUCGCGAGAGUUGAGCCACAUGUAUAUCGAUAAUAAAAGAAGUCUGUACAGUCUGUAUGUACCCGGAAAAACUAGAGUUGAGCCUCAAUAUGUAACGGUCGAAAUAAAUAAAUCUAAAAUUAAAAUGGAAAUAGAUUCGGGCGCGGAACCAGCUAUAAUUCCAAAAGAAAUUAUAAAUAAAUGUUUUCCGAAAGAAACAAUGUAUGAGCCAGAUAUAGAAUUUAGGAACCAUGAUAAUACCGUCAAUAAGCCUGCAGGAAUGUUCAAAGGUGUAACUAUGAGUCUGAACAAUAAGAUAAUAAAAGCUGAUUUAUAUGUAACUGAAUCGUCCGGGCCGCCGAUUAUAGGCAGAGCGUGGCUCAAAGCACUAGGAUUAUGGCCUCUAUUUAAAGACCUAGAUCUGCAUAUAGUUAAAAAUAAAAUUGAUGGUAAUGACAGGCUAAAUAAAAUCUUAGAAAAACAUGCUAAAUUUUUUGAAAAUUCUAAAGGAUCGUUCAAUAGGGCCAAGAUCAGGUUAGAAUUAAAGGAUGAUGCUAAACCGAUAUAUGAGUUAGCGCGAUCUGUACCUUUUGCUUUAAAGGAUAAAAUAGAAAAAGAAUUAGAUAGAUUGGUAGAAGAAAAAAUAUUGGAACCAGUAGAAAUGAGCGAAUGGGCUACCCCGAUUGUGCCGAUACUAAAACCGAAUGGAGAUGUUCGACUUUGCGGAGCUUUCAAUGUAACUAUUAACCCUUUAUUAAAAACAAUUCGCUAUGCACCACCGAAUUUCGAUCACGCUAUGGCUCGAUUAAUAACAAAAAAUAUUAAUAAUAAAAAUAAGAAGCGGUAUUCGAAAAUUGACCUAAAAGAAGCUUUUUUACAAGUUCCCGUUGAGGAAAAUUCGCAAAACUUAUUAACUAUCAAUACUCACAAGGUCUUGUUUAAAUGCCUGUAUAUGAUGUACGGUAUAUCAUCGGGACCUGGGUAUUUUCAAAAGCAAAUUGAGGAAGUUUUGAAAAAUAUAAACGGAGUCGCGGUGGUAGCAGACGACGUAGUGGUAACGGGAAGUGAUGAUGAGGAACAUUUGCGAAAUUUAGAUAUAGUAUUAACGCGUUUAGAAGAAUGCGGUUUGAAAGGACGAGUAAACAAAUGCGAAUUUUUCAAAGAUGAAGUUAAUUAUCUAGGAUAUAAGUUACGGGAUGACACUAUUACAAUAAAUGAAGAAAAGUAUAGAGCAAUAGUUGAUAUGAAAGAACCGGAAAAUCACAAAGAAUUACAGUUAUUAUUAGGUAAAAUCAAUUAUUAUGGCAGGUUAUUUAAAGAUCGUGCUAAAAUUCUAGCACCAUUAUAUAAUUGCAGUAAUUCGAGAAUUUUUGAGUGGGAUCAAAAUUGCAAAGAAGCGUUUGAAAGAGCGAAAAUAGAAUUAAAAAGCGUGCUUGUAAACUACAAUCCAUCUUUACCAUUAAAAUUAACAUGUGAUGCGUCCCCAAAAGGGCUGGGUGCGUAUAUCAGCCAGCCUUAUGAAGACGGCGAUAGACCGGUAGCGUUUGCAUCAACGAGGUUGACAGCCGCGCAAGAAAAUUACUCGCAAAUUGAUAAAGAAGCAGCUGCGAUAAUAUUUGGAGUAACUAAGUUUUAUGAUUAUUUAUUCGGACGUAAAUUUCUUUUAAAAACGGAUAAUAAACCGUUAUCUAGGAUCUUUUCUCCUGAAAAGGGUAUACCAAAAAUGGCUACGAGUAGAUUGCAAAAUUGGAGUUACUUUCUAUCGGCAUUUGAUUAUGAAAUAGAGUACAUUAGUACAAGAGAUAAUAUUGUGGCUGAUACUUUAUCGAGAUUACCGAUAAAUUAUGUAGAAAGUAAUGAUGUUUUAGAAACUGAAGGCCGAUUUACGUAUUUACACUAUGUAUAUUCAACAAACAUAACAUGUUUAAAUUUCAAAGCAGUAGCACGCGAAACUGCUAAAAACGAGACUCUAUCCAUCGUGAAGCGGAUGGUAAUAGAAGGAUGGCCUGACUGUAGUCUUAAAAGUUGGCCCAAUGAGUUGCAACCAUAUGCACUGCGUAAAGACGAAAUUCACGUCGAAAAAGAAUGUUUAAUGUGGGGACAGAGAGUUAUCGUUCCACCUAAAUUAAGAGAAAAGGUAAUCGAAAAAUUGCACGAAAGUCACUUUGGGAUAGUUAAAAUGAAGAGUUUGGCAAGGUCGGUGGUUUGGUGGCCUAAUAUAGACAAAAAUUUAGAAGAUAAAUCUAAAUAUUGCAAAUGGUGUGUUGAAUCUAAAGACAAUCCAAUUAGAAUGGAAUUAACUCCAUGGCCAUGGCCAAGCCAACCUUGGUAAAGACUUCAUGCAGACUUUGCGGGGCCAUAUUUGGGGCAAACUUACCUUUUAGUAAUCGAUGCCUAUUCUAAGUGGCCUGAAAUUUUCAUUAUGAAAAAUAUAUCAGCAGAAGCAACGAUAGAAAAAUUCCGAGAAAUGUUUACAACGCAUGGGCUACCGAACCAUAUUGUAACUGAUUCAGGAACGCAGUUUACGAGCGACGAAUACAAAAAGUUUCUCAAGCAAUUAGGAAUAAAACAAGAUUUUUCAGCGCCGAAAUAUCCAGCGACAAAUGGAGCUGCGGAAAAUCUUGUAAAAACAUUUAAGCGUAAACUCAAAGCGAUUGUACAAAGCUCGAAAGUAGAUGUGAAAACUGCUAUACAAAUGUUUUUAUUCUCAUACAGAACAACAAAACAUGCAACAACGAAUGAAACUCCGGCCAACUUGUUGUUUAAAAGAGAACUGAAAACUCCUUUGUUAUUAUUACGGCCAGAAACGAGAUAUCACGUUGAAUCAAAGCAAUAUAUGCAAAAAAAGCACUUCAAAGGUAGUAGAAAAGAAAACUUUGAAGAAGGCGACGUAAUAAUGGCAAAGGAUUUUCGAAAACAUCACCCGGAAAUGUCGGAAGCCAAAAUUGUUAGAAAAUCACCUCCAAGAAACUGUAUAAUAAAAUUUAAGGAAGGAGGAGAGAAAGAGCAUAAAAGACAUUUCGAUCAAAUACAACAUUGGCGGGAAAGCGAAAAUGAUCAAAGUAAAAUAGAUGUUAGUACUAAUGCGAGAUAAUGUAAGCAGCGAAAAUUCAGCGAUAGUUUUAAGAAAAUCAACUAGAUUAAAGCGAAAUGUAACACCAUACGAUGCUACGCAUUAUUUGUAAAGGUAUAAUGUCUAUCAACUUUGAUAACUGAAUAAAACGGGGAAGGGUGUAAGAUAUGUGAUGUACGAAUGUGUACGAAUGUGUGUAUCUAUAACGAUAGUGUAGAAUGUGAGAAGGCAGGCAAUAAAGUCAGUCGGUCCUGAACCGUAACAGAGUGUAGUCGUCUUUAUUUACCUCUUCCUCGCAUAUACAAUAAUUAUUCUUUUAAUACUUACUUGCCGUCCCGUUGUAUUAUAGUCCAUCGAUGAAACACUAGCAUUAUUACUUAUAAGGUGUGAAUCUGUUAGAUAAUAUAUGUUGUUAGAUAAGCUAAAUUUAAUAAUUUGAAAAAAUAGUAAGUAGUUUUGGAAUCGUAAUAUUAUUUAUAGUUCAGUGUGGCUAAAAUCCGCUUUUAAGUCACGCCUAUCUGUGACCGAAAUAGUCCUUUUUUGAACCGUGUUUAUCACACUCGCUAAGCUCGUGCGCUAACUACGCUGUGUAAAAAAGAACCAUUGAAGUCGCACGUAUCGUAAUGUACUAUUUUACUUUGAUAAUUUUGCUUUAUGAUCUGUUUCGAUUGAAAAGGCGAUAAAUUUUCAUAUUUAUACUUAAAUAGUCGUAGACCUUACAGCUUUGAUAUCCUACGAAGAUGUUGCUAUUAUUUUCCUUAAUGAACUUGUAUAUCUCAGAAGAAACCUGCAUUAAUACUGUCGUUGUAUCACUACGUUUGCUUUUGUACAUAUGCAGGGCUAGGCCUUUCUUUAAAAAACUGCUGAAGUUUCUCGAGUUGAUAUCACUCUCUAUCUCGGCUGGACUCCAGUUCAUGUAGUUGUCGAAACCAAUCAUUUUUAUUUUAGGAGUUAUAAGUUCUUCUUUCGUAACCUCACAGACUCCUUCUAAGUUUUCUUUUAAGACAGCUUCAGUUAGUUCAACACUAUUACUAUUUACACAAACAAUGACUAAUUCUUUUUUUUUAUUAUAAUACAUAUAUUUAGUUUGGAUCUUUUUUUCACGCAUUAGGCACUCUAUAACCUUCUUUUUCAUAUCUAUAGACUCAUUGCCCAUGUUAUUUAUUGUAAUUUUUGGCACUUUUUUCGGAGCGGUUUUGGCUGGUUUAUCACCUCAGCAUAAGAUACGCUAGGUGAUACACUAUCAUACUGUUUAGUUAUAAGUUUCUCCUUCAAUAAAUUGUUUCUUUCUCUCAGUUCUUCGACUAGCUGCUUCAAUAGUAGAUUUUCAGCUUUCAGUAUCUUGUACUUCUCAGUAAUAUCACAAUCCAGUAGAUCUUGUGCUGAACUUGUCACUUCCGUUAAAAGUUCUUUCCUUACUUCUUCGGAUUUCUUUAACUUUAUUUGUUCAAUCAACAUUUUUGUUGACUCACUUAUGCUGUCGUCCUCAAUUUUUGAGGUUAUGUCCGUGUAGCUAUGUUCUGGGCAGACCAUUUGGUUGUUACUCACUUGCCAGUAAUUUUUUUCUUUCUGCGCUAAGCAGCUGGAGUGAUAUGCUGCAUGGCAGAUAAUACAAACAAUUGAAAUAGCUGGGACACUCGUUGGGAGGCAACCGCAAACCCGCCAUGUUAAAAUUUUUUGAUUGUAGUACUCAGACAAUAAAAUACUUAAAAUUUACGAUAAAAUCACUGGCAAAGAAUAUCUGACAGGGGUAUAUGAAAAGCCAAAUUGGAUAAUUUAAUUGAAUGUGUCAAAACACGAUCAAUUGGACACAAAACAAGAAUCAUAAAACACGGCUAACAUAGUGUCGGUAGACAAGUUCUUGCAACAAUCUCUGGCAGACAUUAUGGAACUCGAAGAUCAAAUUGAAUCAAAAGAAAAUAGAGAAUCAGAGUCCUGCAGAGAUUGAGAGGGAGAAAAAGCAAGAACGAGCCAGAGAAGAAACAAGUCUAUCUGGUCAAAAAGAAGUUUGUGAUACAAACUUAAAUGAACAAAUCCUGAACAGGAAAAUCCUUUACUUAGACGAAUAUUAAGAUGAGAUGAAAAACCAUUCAGUGGAAAAUCAGAUCGCUCAAGAUAGACUCUGGUCUAUCUACUAGUAUGUGGAUACUCGCUUUAGAAGUGGCUAUCCAUAUUUACAAUAGAACUCCUCACAAAGGGAUCAACUUAGAGAUACCCAUCAAGAAGAUGUUUCCAGAUAGAAACAUCCAUCUAGAUAAAAUAAGACGUUUUUGAUGUCUAGCCUAUGCUAAGAUACCCAAUACAGAAAGCAAGUUUUCAGACAGAGCAAUCCGUACUAUUAUGGUAGGAUACUCACAAACUGGUUAUGUUCUAUGGCAUCCAGAAUCUCAGAGGUUCAUUACAUCAAGACAAAUAAGUUCAAUUUAACAGCUCAUCAAAUGGACGUCAAGACAGCCUUCCGAAAUAGAACGCUUAAAGAUGACAUAUUUAUGGAAAUACCAGACUGUAUCAAAAUUGAUUCAACAAUAUAAAGAAAGAAAGUGUGCAAACUUCGAAAAUCUUUACAUGGCCUUAGAAUAAGAUUCAAGCAAUGGAACAAGCGUUUCUCAGAGGUAGCCUUGGAACUUGGAUUGGAAAAAAGACAUAAAUGAACCAUACCUAUUUACAUGGAGACUACAAAAUCAGAUGGUGGUGUUACUGCUAUAUGUAGACGAUGUCAUACUAGCAGGCAACAAUCAGACGAAACUAAACAAAAUAGAGCAGAAACUAAGCUUUACAUUUUAGAUGAAAGACUAGGAGAACCUAAAAUGUUCUUGGGCAUGAAAAUUACAAGAAACAGAGAUCAGAAGAUAUUAGAACUAUCUCAAACAGAAUACACAAAAAAAUGUCUAGAACGUUUCAAUAUGCAAACUAGUGAGCCCCAGAAAAUACCUAUGAUUAUUAGACAAAUUCGAAAUAGAGAACUCAGGUACCUUACAGAGAAGCAAUUGGAAGCCUACUCUACUUAGCAAGUGCAACUAGACCUGACAUUACAUUUGCAGUAAAUUUUGUAUCUAGAAGACAGCUGACACCAACUGAAUGUGACUGGAAAGAUGUAAAAAGCAUCUUUAGAUAUCCCAGAGGAACAUAGAAAAUAGGCUUAACAUUCAAAGUAAAAGAAUAAAACAUGAUAGAUGCCAGUUUCAGAGACUGUGAAGAUUUAUCCUCAACGGGAGGAUAUGUAAUCAAACUCGAUGACGACACAAUUAUGUGGAAAAGCUAUAAACAGACAUACGUUUCACUGUUUACCUGCCAAGCUGAGUAUUUAGCUAUGAGCAAUGCUUGUCAAAAAAUAAUUUCAACAAAUCUAUCAGAGAGAUAACAAGACAAACUCUAUGUUGUGACAUUAAUAACAUUAAUAAAUACACAGUAACAUUAAUUUGCAGGAGACUGCACUCAGAUGAAAGGAAAUCACAAAUUGAAAAACAUUGAUGAUGACCUAGAAACAAUUCAGAAGAAGAUGCAAGAUAGAGAAAAGACAAAAAGCAAAAGUCACAUGGGAAAUACGCAUAAAGAUUACAUAUAAUAAUGCGUCUUAGAAGAAAAAAUCAGAGUCAAAUAGAUAUCAGCCAUAGAAAAUAUCGCAGAUAUAGUGACGAAACCUUUCCCUAAUAAAACUCAUAAAUACCUCAAGGACAAAAUCUUGAACAGAGAAAUUCACACGUAAUGCUCAACUCAAAACUUUCAUAUGUCAGAUAAAUAAGAAUUUUAAAUUAUGUUUCAGAUACAGGAAACCACAGAGACAAUAAUUCAGAAGAGUAACUCAGAGGUACAUAAUUCAGAAGCAUUUCAGAUCAAGCGACCCAAAGAGAGGGAGUGUUGUCGAGUCUUCGAGUCGUCUGACUAAACCGUUUCCACUGAAUACGACUCGAGCGCCAUCUGACGGUAUUCGGCGCUACAUGUGACACUAUAUAUAUAUAUAUGUAUGUAUAUAUAUAUAUAUAUAUAUAUAUAUAUAUAGACACACACACACACACACACACACACACACACACAAUCCGACUAUGUAUACAGUCUAUAUAUACAGACUGUAUAUCUAUAUAUUCAGUCCGUCUGUGCCCUUUCGAACGGUUCGUAUACCUGCUCUCUUCUUAUAUUCAAUAGCUGUCCCACCCUAGGACCGUUCGAAUCUUGUGUACAGUUUCAAAUCCCCUCAGUUGGCCCUGUUAGUCAUUCGAAAAGGAUCUUCUGAGAGCAACGCUUGUUUGAAAAAAAUACGAAAAUGUCGAACGUGACUUCAUUUUGUGUUUUGCCAAAAGACAAAUGAAGCAUUAAAAUUAUUCACUGAAGAAAUAUUUAAAAAGUGUAGUGAUAUAUUAGUUAUUAGAAAAAAUAAUAAUUUAGUUGGAAAAGAUGUUGUACUGCCGGCACAGAUAACCGAUUUUCACCUGUACCACAGCAACUGCUAUAGACGCUUCACAGCCUUGCCCCCAAACUAUAGAGUUCAAUAUCAGCACCUAAUGAAGGAUCGUCGUCUUCAAUACAACGUAUGUAAAACAAUAUAAAUAAUCAAGUAUAUAGAUAUAUAUGCAUCUUAAAAAAUAAAUAAUCAAGGAUGUAGCCUUGCGUAAAUUCAAAAUAAAUAUGAUACGCAAAUUAAGUUUCACUUCGAACCGACACGCAGCUGUUGAAGCAACGUGACAACAAUAGACAGAGAAACCCUCGGAGAAAACCGUUACAGCUGCCGGGCUGUUUACAGCGUGCGAUGCCGGCGCGCUAUUUACUUCUUGCUAUGAAGACGUAAAUGUAAUAUUGCCGAACUUAAAACUGUUUAGAUCCUUGUCUGUAGUACAUAUAUAAACGCAAUAUUUUAGCUAGUCUUAUAAUUUAACGUUAAAAUAUAUAAUAAAAUAUCUGCAUCUUUGGAUUAUAAAGAUAGCAUUUUAUUAUAUAAAAGUAAACAAAAACAACUUUUUUUUUAUUCAAGAACAAACUCAGAAGAUUAUAGAAAAUAUGGAAAUUGAAAAUGUUACCUCUGGUGGGGAUAACCCGGAAGUAAUCGAAGGCUCCGAGUUAGCUACCGAGAACAUGGAUGAAGAUGUAGCGCCCGCUGACAUUGCCGAUCCCGACAAUACAAUUGAAGGUCAGAAACUGUAUACCUGCUUUUUCUGUGGAAAAUGUAGGAAAAAGGUAAAAGGCCGUGAGGAAAAAUUGUCGGUUUUUCUAUCAAAUAGUAUCGAUUCUAUAAAAACUCUUGCGACAGAAAGCGGUGAUAUCGAUAUGAAUCAGAAGUUGCAACAAUUACCAUUAGAUGGAGAGUAUUUCUUUCAUAAGUCAUGCAAGAAUAUUUAUUUUAACUCGCGUCAUUCAAAAUUAUCUAAAGAAAAAGAGAAGUGUGAAUGGCAUUUUACCAGAGACAUACGUGCAGAGGCAUAUGAAAAAGUUGAACAAUUUGUCGCCGAAAAAAUAGUUAAUCAAGAGCAGUCUUUUUUUUUGAAAUUUUUAAAUGACAUGUUUAUAAAUUAUUUAAAGAAUAAUGAUACACCGGUUUCAAAUACGACAUGUAAACCUUAUCAUUUAAAAGAAAGAUUGCUAAAAAAAUUUUCCAAAGAAAUCAACAUAAUAACUUUUAAAGGCGAAAGUCUCGUUAAACCUUAUAAGGGCAUAAUGAUUAAAAACGAAGUUCACAAGCAUCAAGUUUUAGAUGCAGCGGCGCGUAUUUUAAACGAAGAAAUACUUAAAUUAAAAUGUACGAUUAGCAACGUUUCAAAAAACGUACAAACGCAUCGAUAACGAUGACGUUUUCCGUUUGCCCAAGAAAAGUAUUGAUGGUUCGACCUUACCACCAUGCAAAGCGGAACUCUACUAACAUUUUUUGAGAGCGUGGUAUUUAGCGCAAAUGUGGGCGCACGCACACCUACAAGUUCCUAUUGCUGAGCCUCCAACAAAUUAUGGCUGGAUAGAGAUCGAAAACAAGUACGGCUUUUCUUGGUUUUCUGGGAGCCAGUUACCAACGACCAUCACAGAAAUAACGAUUCAACUCGAAUAAGAUGAUAAUGAUUAAAAUCUAAGGGCGGAAUCUGACAGUGACUCUGACAGUGAAUUCGGGGAUGAUGGAAGUAGCAGGAGCCAAAGCGAAGAUGAAAUAGAAUAACAGCUGUUUUUUUUUUGAAUAAACGAUGAUAAUACAUAAAGUAUUGAUUAAUA